ACGCAGUUGUAGUCCCGUUGUUCUCAGGCAAGUACCUCAUUUUCUUCUCUCCAUCAUCAUCACCAUGCCCGUCACACAGUUCAAUCGCGCCGAGAAGUACAGGUACCAGAACGGCUUCGGCUGCUACCACGAGACGGAGGCAGUCGAUGGCGCCUUGCCUGUCGGUGCCAACAACCCUCAGAAGCCGGCAUACGGUCUAUACAACGAGAAGCUGUCCGGCACAGCGUUUACCGCACCACGACACGAGAACAAGCAGUCCUGGCUGUACCGCAUCCUCCCCGCGAGCGCACACUCCAACUUCGAGCCUCGAGAGAGCUCUUCGUACGACCUGAACCCUGGUGGGCUGCGAGAUGCCAAAUGGCAUCAGAUCCCCAACCAGCUGCGAUGGAACCCCUUCGAUCUCGAUGAGACUGUCGAUUGGAUACACAGCCUGAAGUUGGUGGCGGGAGCGGGUGAUCCAACUAUGAAGACCGGUCUGGGCAUCCUCAUCUAUGCUGCAGGCAAGGAUAUGGACGAGAGGCAUGCUUUCUACAGCGCAGACGGCGAUCUUCUGAUUGUGCCGCAGCAUGGUGCUCUGGAUGUCCAGACUGAGUUGGGCAAACUCCUGGUGAGGCCCAAUGAGAUUUGCGUGAUCCCGAGAGGCAUUCGACACCGCAUUACACUACCCGACGGUCCUGUACGUGGCUUCGUGCUUGAACUCUACCAAGGCCACUUUGAGCUGCCAGACCUCGGGCCCAUUGGCUCCAAUGGUCUGGCGAAUGCACGCGACUUUCAAGCUCCAGUCGCCGCCUUUGACGAGGAUACCGAGAAUGAGCAUACGCUCUUUGCCAAAUUCUCAGGGACACUCUUCGCGGCCAAGCAAAAUCACACUCCGUUCGACGUCGUUGCAUGGCACGGCAAUUACUAUCCAUACAAGUACGACCUAGGACGGUUCAACACCAUUGGCUCGAUAUCCUACGACCACCCAGAUCCCAGCAUCUUCACUGUCUUGACGGCUCAGUCCGAUCACCCCGGCACAGCUGUGGCAGACUUUGUCAUCUUCCCACCUCGAUGGCUGGUCGCCGAAGACACCUUCCGCCCGCCGUGGUACCACCGCAAUACUAUGUCUGAAUUCAUGGGCCUCAUCCACGGCCAGUAUGACGCAAAGACCGGCGGAGGUUUCCAGCCUGCAGGUGCCUCUCUUCACAACGUGAUGAGUGCGCAUGGACCAGAUGCAUCGACACACGAGAAAGCGAGUAAUGCAGAGCUGAAGCCAGCAAAGGUGGGUGACAACAGCAUGGCUUUCAUGUUCGAAUCGUCUUUGAUGGUCGGCGUUACGGAGUGGGGUCUAAACCAGUGUAAGAAGGUCCAGGAGGAUUACAAUGCAGAGUCCUGGGAGCCAUUGAAGCCGCACUGGCCAGGCAAGGCCAAUCUCAAGAAAGGCGGAACAAAUGGCACACAUGCCGCCAGCACUGAAGAAGCAGAUAAACAGCAAUUACCCCACUACUCAUAAGUUGGAAUCUAUAGCCAUUGCA